CGAUAAUUUAUUUUUUUCAAUUACCGAUCCGAUUCCAAAAAUAUGGAAUUGUUGUCUAUUAAAAUGUUUUGAAAUUCAUUAACCCUCUAGAGCCACCUAGAAACAAUUAAAAAGAAAAUUAACCUAAUUAUCCCAUUCCAACCAGAGGCCUCCAAAUGCAGCAAAUUUUUUGAAUCCUGGGUUUGCAUUUAAUCAAAAUCCUUCCUGUGUUGAUUAAGUUAGAUAGGAUGAAUUAAAAGUUACUUUAAACAAUUUUCCAUUUUCAGAAUCCAUUUCAGAUUUGAAGCUUUAGCUGCUAAAACCCUGGUUCUGGUACUCUUUUUUACCCUUUUUUUAAUGCUUUUGCUGCAUUUCUUAUUAUUCCUUUAGCUAGUAUCAUUUAGAGUUAGAUUUAAUGAUUUGGUAAAUGUAAAUUCCCUCUAUGAGAUGGCCCCAAAUCUGAAAUCUUUCAUUGUUUAUUCUUCAUCUGUCCUUGUUCUAUUCUUAGCAAUCUCUUUUAGUUUUAGCAGAACAAACUACUACAAAAUCUUCCACCUCAAAUCAAGUCUCGCUUCUUACCACCCUACAUUCCUUCAAUCUGUUUUCUCAUUUAUGCUAAAAACCCCAAAACCCAAUAAACCCGAUUGGCCAAAUCCCAUUUCCAGGCGCCCUCACUGUGUUCUAUGGAUGGCUCCCUUCCUUUCAGGUGGUGGAUAUAGUUCAGAAGCAUGGUCUUAUGUUUUAGCACUCGAUGAAUACAUGAAAAGUCGAGAAAACCCGAGUUUUAAAUUGGGUAUUUACCAACAUGGUGAUUUGGAGUCACUAGAGUUUUGGGAGGGAUUGCCUCAAAAUGUAAGGGAUUUGGCAAUUGAGUUGCACCGAACUGAUUGCAGAACAAAUGAGACCUUUGUGGUUUGCCAUAGUGAGCCUGGUGCUUGGUAUCCCCCAUUGUUUGAAACUCUUCCUUGUCCUCCAACGGGUUAUCAUGAUUUCAUGUUUGUUAUCGGUAGGACCAUGUUCGAGACGGAUAGAUUGAAUUCGGAACAUGUUAAGCGUUGUAACAGAAUGGAUUCUGUUUGGGUUCCUACUGAGUUUCAUGUGUCCACAUUUGUGCAAAGUGGUGUUGAUCCAUCUAAGGUUAUGAAAGUUGUGCAGCCUAUUGAUGUGAGGUUCUUUGAUCCCUCCAAGUAUGAGCCGUUGGAUAUUGCUUCCAAGGGGAAUCUGGUUUUAGGUGCAAAAACCCCCAAUUCAAGCCCUGGAAAGGAGUUUGUGUUCUUGAGUGUCUUCAAAUGGGAGUUUAGGAAAGGAUGGGAUGUUUUGCUCGAAGCAUAUUUGAAAGAGUUCUCCAAGGAUGAUGGGGUGGCUUUGUACUUGUUGACUAAUCCUUAUCAUUCUAGUAGAGAUUUCGACAACAAGAUUGUCCAGUUUGUGGAAGACUCUGAUAUGCAAAAGCCAGCUAAUGGAUGGGCUUUGGUGUAUGUCAUUGAUACUCAUAUAGCUCACAUUGACUUGCCUCGACUAUACAAGGCUGCCAAUGCGUUUGUUCUUCCAUCAAGAGGAGAAGGAUGGGGAAGGCCUGUUGUGGAAGCCAUGGCAAUGUCGUUGCCGGUAAUAACAACUAAUUGGUCAGGGCCUACUGAGUAUUUGACAGAGGAGAAUAGUUACCCAUUGCCAGUGGAAAGAAAGAGUGAGGUAACGGAAGGACCAUUUAAGGGGCAUUUGUGGGCUGAACCGUCAGUUAUUAAGCUUCGAGCUCUUAUGAGGCAUGUGAUCAGUAACGUGGAGGAAGCCAGGGCUAAAGGUAGGCAGGCAAGGAAAGACAUGAUCAAUAGCUUUUCCCCGGAAAUUGUUGCAGAGAUUGUCACAGGUCAUAUACAAAAUAUACUUGACAAAUAACAAGAUGAUGUAUGAUCAUUGCUCUUCUGUUUUUGAGAUGAUGUUUACAGGUGGAGAUAUGAUCAGUAAGUGGUGAUUUUACAAGAGUUUGCUUGUUUAACAAUUAAGCUUAAUGCUUGUCAGUUCAGCUUGGAAGCAAACCAAUUAGGCACAUUAGAACCUUCGUUUUCCCAUCUAGCUGGUCGAAUCAGUUCAGUUGAGGCCAAUCCAUAACAAUAUGCAAAUGUAGUCUGCUUCAUUUAAUGGCUGUUCAUCUUUGUGGUGUAACAUUUUUGCCAUUCCUUUGAUAAUGCAAACCCGUCUUAUAUUGUACCCGUAUUACAUGUGUUCGUACUUCAUAGCUUAAACAA